CACUAUCGAUUACAGUGUCAUCGAUUGGUCGGCAGCUCUAGUUAAUUGGCGAAUGCAGUGAUUGGAACUAUUUUUAGAAUUUUCAUCUCUUUUUUUCCACUUUAGUGUCCAAAUAAAGUGCACUUUUCUCUGAUCCAUAUAGCGGGAGAUAACCACCCCCACGCCGGCAAAUAAUCUCUCGAAAUGGUGCACAAAUGUGAAACUCCCAAUUGUGGCAAAGAGGCAACGUUGCAGUGUCCAACGUGCUUGAAAAUGGGAAUUCCUGGUUCCUAUUUCUGUUCGCAGCCAUGCUUUAAGGGUUUCUGGAAGGAGCACAAGCUAAUUCAUGCUUUGGCUGAAGGCGCCGCCAAACCCAAAGCCAACGAAGACGAUGGCGGCUAUAACCCAUGGCCUCAUUACCGUUUUACCGGCAAAUUACGUCCAUCUGAAAAAACGCCAAAGAGGCCUGUACCUGAAAGUAUAGAACGUCCAGACUAUGCUGAUCAUCCUCAGGGUAGGGCUGCUUCCGAGGAAGCCAUGCGUGGCAAUACUUCCAUUAAAGUCCUGGAUGACGAUGAAAUUGAAGCCAUGCGUUUGGUAGGUCGCUUGGCCCGCGAAUGUUUAGAUGCCGCCGCCCAAGCUGUCGAUGUUGGGGUAACCACAGAUGAAUUGGAUCGUUUGGUACAUGAAGCAGCCAUUGAAAGAGACUGUUAUCCAUCACCUUUAAACUACUACAAUUUCCCCAAGUCAUGUUGUACCUCAGUCAAUGAAGUAAUUUGUCACGGCAUACCUGAUCUGAGACCCUUAAAGGAUGGCGAUAUUUGCAAUAUUGACGUAACCGUCUAUCAUCAUGGAUUUCACGGCGAUUUAAAUGAAACAUUCUUUGUGGGCAAUGUUUCGGAGAAACACAAGAAGUUGGUGCGAGUAACCUAUGAGGCAUUGAGCAAGGCCAUUGAAUUGGUUAGGCCCGGUGUUAAGUAUCGUGAAAUCGGAAAUGUUAUACAAAAGUAUGUUGCACCACAUGGCUUCAGCGUAGUCAAGAGUUAUUGCGGUCAUGGCAUACACAGACUAUUUCACACUGCCCCGAAUGUGCCUCAUUAUGCGAAAAAUACGGCUGUUGGUGUCAUGAAAGCCGGCCAUACCUUUACAAUAGAGCCCAUGAUUUCCGAAGGCGUUGCCAAGGCGGAACAAUGGCCGGAUGAUUGGACUGCAGUCACAGCUGAUGGCUUGUAUUCAGCACAAUUUGAGCAAACUCUGCUGGUAACAGAUAACGGUUGCGAAAUUCUGACAAGACGUCGUGAGAAAAACGGCCAGCCAUGGUUUAUGGACAAAAUGUAGACCACAGACAUACAAAUCGUUUUUGUACAUUUUACACAUCAAUUGUUUUGUAAUUAAAAAAGCGUAAAUGCCGUUUUAUUUUACAUGAAAA